CACACACGCACGCACUAGCCCUCACACUGUCACACAUACACACAGAUAUACAUAAAACGUACAUAUUCGAAAUAUAUUGCAUUCAUAAGUACUGCAUAAUACAAAGAAAACAAUAUAGCAUUAAAAAAAACUCGCGCAAAAUUGUGGCAACAAACAUAAAUUAAUUGCUGCAAAACACAUAUUUCAGCUGAUGCGAAGUUCAUAUCGCAAGCAAUCCAUACUUCGCAUCUAAAGAGAGAGAGAGAUUAAUCAAGGCUCGAACUGAUCGUGAUUACUCGUCGAUAGCUCGGAUUAAUGCUUGCUGUGUCGCCGCUGAGAAACACUAAGAAUGAAACCGAAGGCGAAAUGGAAGGCUUCUCGAUCGACGACGCCGACUUUCCCGAUUUCUCCGCCGUCAAUCUGCUCGACAGCAUUGAUUUCGACGAUCUCUUCCUCGGAAUCGGCGACGGCGACGUUUUGCCCGAUCUCGAGAUGGAUCCCGAGCUCCUCGCCGAUUUCUCCGCCACCGCGAGCGACGAAUCGGAGCUGAGAACCACGCCGCUAGACAAAUCGGACGACGAGAACAGCUCGGCAAAUCAACCGCGCGAGAUUACUCCGGCGGAAUCGGCGGAUCCGGAGGAGGCUGUUUUCGUAAAAGACGAGACGAAUCCGUCGCCGAAGGAGACUGGCAGAGGGAGAAAAUCAAUCUCUCACAGCUCCAAAAACUCUUCCACGAAGAGGAAAGUUAAGGUGGAUUGGACGCCGGAGCUUCACCGGCGGUUUGUGCAGGCGGUGGAGCAGCUCGGCGUGGAUAAAGCGGUUCCUUCUAGAAUUCUCGAGCUCAUGGGAAUCGAUUGCCUCACUCGACACAACAUUGCUAGCCAUCUUCAAAAAUACCGGUCCCACCGGAAGCACUUGUUGGCCCGCGAAGCCGAGGCGGUGGGCUGGAACCAGAGGCGUCAGGUGUACGCCGCCUCGGCGGGCGUGAAGAGAGAGCAUGUAAGCCCUUGGAUUGCACCAACAAUGGGGUUUCCGCCGGUGACUCCAAUGCCUCAUUUUAGACCCCUACAUGUGUGGGGCCACCCAUCCGUCGACCAAUCAGUGAUGUCCAUGUGGCCAAAGCAUCUAACCCCUCCGCCACCGCCACCGCCACCACACGGUUGGCAUCCAGCACCGCCGCCGCCGCCAGGUGACCAUUCGUUUUGGCUACCCCACCAUGUGCCUACUCAUGGUACGCCUUGCUUCCCGCCUCAUAUGCAGAUGACGUUUCCAACUCCGGCGGUUGCAUGCAUACCGCCUCCAACCAUGUACAAAAUCGAGCAAGCUGGCGUCGGUCCUCCUUCCGAACUUCAUCCGUCAAAGGAGAGCGUAGACGCGGCGAUCGGAGACGUGCUGUCGAAGCCGUGGCUUCCGCUGCCUCUGGGGCUUAAGCCGCCGUCUAUGGACAGCGUGGUGGUGGAGCUGCAGCGGCAAGGGGUGGCGAAAGUGCCCCCGGCUUGCGGCUGACUCCAUCGUAUAUUUCUUGGGAGGUUUAAGACCAAGAAAAACAAAAAAUCCAAUUCGACGACAUUUCCAUAGCACAAUUGGAUGAUCAUCUAAUGUGCUCUCUCUUUGUUGUGAAUUAAUUGUAAGGUGAUGCUUUGCAAUUUAACUUUUUGUAAUGUUAAUUAUCUUAUGAUCAUGAAAAA